GCGUGGCCUCCCGCUCCCGGCCCCUCCCUGGCUCCCACCGCCCGGCCAACUUUAACGCCCCCCCUCGCUCCUGGCGGCCCGCGCGCGGUCCCGAGCUUGGAGCGGCCCCGUCUCCGCCUAUGAGGGAGCUGCGGCGCCGGGCGAGCCAUGGACGGCGGCAGAGUGCCGCCCGCCCUGGAGAAGAACGCGGCGGAGCUGACGGUUAUGGACGUGUACGACAUCGCGUCGGCCGUGGGGCAGGAGUUCGAGCGGGUGAUCGACCAGCACGGGUGCGAGGCCAUCGCCCGCCUCAUGCCUAAGGUGGUGCGGGUGCUGGAGAUCCUGGAGGUGCUGGUGAGCCGCAACCACAUCAACCCCGAGAUGGAGGAGCUGCGCCUGGAGCUUGACCGCCUGCGGCUGGAGAGGAUGGACCGCAUCGAGAAGGAGCGCAAGCACCAGAAGGAAUUAGAACUGGUGGAGGAUGUCUGGAGAGGGGAAGCACAGGACCUUCUUACCCAAAUUGCACAGCUGCAGGAGGAGAAUAAACAACUGAUGACAAACUUGUCUCACAAAGACAUUAAUUUCACAGAAGAGGAAUUUCAGAAGCAUGAAGGAAUGUCAGAGAGAGAGCGGCAAGUUAUGAAGAAGCUGAAGGAAGUGGUAGAUAAACAGAGGGAUGAAAUCAGAGCAAAGGACCGGGAACUUGGACUUAAAAAUGAGGAUGUAGAGGCUCUUCAGCAGCAGCAGAACAGGUUAAUGAAGAUUAACCAUGACCUGCGGCACCGGAUCACUGUGGUGGAGGCUCAGGGGAAGGCGCUGAUUGAGCAGAAGGUGGAGUUAGAAGCAUACCUGCAAACCAAGGAGCAGGAGAUGGGCAACCUGCGAGCAGAGCUGGGGAAACUGAGAGAAAAACUGCAGGGUGAGGACAGCCAAGAUGGGGAGGAAGUAAAGGCAGAACCAAACAAUGAUGACUGCCUCUCAGAGUCAGAUAAGAUGUCAAUGGACUUAAAAGAUCCGAAUCGUCCAAGAUUCACCUUGCAGGAACUCCGAGAUGUCCUUCAUGAAAGAAAUGAACUGAAAUCUAAAGUGUUUUUACUUCAAGAGGAGCUUUUGUAUUACAAAAGUGAGGAAACAGAAGAAGACACUAGAUCCCCUCAACCUCCACCUAUAAUUCAACCAAAACCCUCAACUCAGCCUGAAUCUGGAAUCAAACGACUGUUUAGUUUCUUCUCUCGUGAUAAGAAACGUAUGCAGGCAUCACAGAAAAAUGUCCACUUCCAGGAUACUUUUGGAGAAUGGUCAAAUUCACAUAAAGAUUACGCCUACACUGAACAUGGACAAGAAGCCCUGCAGCACCUGUGACUAAAACCUUGAGGCAUUCAGUUUACCGCAGUAGAUCUUGACAGUCCAGUCACAAGAAGCUUCUGUAAACAAAUCAGGCAGCUCAUCACUGUUAUUUGCCUUGCACACCUCAGUGGCUGUGUUUGAGACGUGCUCUUCGAAAGGGAUCCCUCGCUGUUUACUUGGUGACUGCUGAAAACAGAAUCCAAGCUUUGUAGUAACAGUAGCCGAUACCCUGGGACAUCGAAGCUUCUAGAUGACUUGUUUUGUGCUGAAUAACAAGUCUACGGUCUUGUUCACGCAUUAACUACAGUAACACAAGCUUCUUUAAACCAAAAAAAAAAAGGACCUGUGCCAUUAUUAGAAGUUUGUUUGCAGUGUACAGUAUGUAGUGGCAAAGACUCCUUUACCCUGUUUGUAACACUAUUGGUUGUUUGCUUUUUACUUCUGUAAGGAUUUUUACAGGAGGGGUGUGCCAGCUGGACAGUUCUGCGGCAGUUUCUAGCAGUGCUGUGUCCUGUCGAGGCCAGCUGGCCUUUUGCAGAGUAACCCCUUGGAGAUCCACCCGAUGCAAACUGAUAAACUGGAGUAGCCUCGAGAGGGAGAGUGAAUGUACAUUUACCUUGCUGCUCAUAGUGCCUAAAGCGUAAAGAAGCCGAGGUAUGAGGUGAGCAUGCCUUGAAUUUUGCCAUGAGUUCUGCAGUAUUAAUGAAAACAAAUGGCUUACAAGGAGGAAGUCCAACACUUUGAAUUGUUUCUUUCUUACCAGUUCUUCCCCCUAGAGCAGCAGAGAGCUGCUGUAAAGGAACCAGGUCUCUUUCCCAUGGGCAGAUGUUUGAUGAAGUCACACUCCACUUUUCUGUCUAGAUAAGACUGCCUGACCUCCGAGUGGGAGACAGCCUCGCCAAGCUGACAGGGACUAUUUUAACUAACUUAGCGAGGAGCCCAACCCAAAACGUUUCCUCUGACAGUCUAAACACUACUUGGGCAGAUGCAUUCUCUAUGUGUGGGCUGCUCCCCUGGUGUUGGCUGAUGUUUGAUAGCCUGUAGUUACAGGGGCUUAACUUGCCAGCAAGCGCCCAGCCCAGCUGAGCAGCCAGGAGCUGGGAUUUGGAUCUCCUUUGCACCUGAACUUGUGAGGCCGUUGGAUCUGACUGAGGCUGUGCUUAAGAAACCCAUCACACUAAAGCCCCAUGGAGCGUAACUGUCGCAUAGUCGGUUGUCGGUGCACACCCUGUCUCUGCUCCACACUUUCCAUGGAGGCACUUAAUUGUGUGGGAGAGGACGAGCGCAUCAACGGCUCCUCGUGAGGGAGGCGCUGAAGUCCCCUGUGAGCUGGGCUGCGUGCUCGGUGAGCGUGUGCUGGAGCGUGACGCCGCUGCCGUUGGCAUGAUGAGGCCGUAGGUAACACCUGCACACACAGCAUAGGGGGCUGCAAUUGCUGCUCGUGCCUCACCCGCACACAGCAGCUACAGCUGCUCUGGAAAGAGCCUCUUCUCAGGAGAGCACUCGGAGCAGGAAACCAUGCUCACAGGCGUGGAAUGGAGGAGGAGGUCUCAAAGGACUCCCUAGAUGAGAGUGAGCCAGAGGGGUGUAGUGCAGCCCAGGCAUUUUUAAUGCAGGGUGAUCCAAGACUGUGGAUUCUUUAAUAUGCUUAGCCUGUCUGUAGGGAAACUGUGCCAGGAAACCAUUCCUGGCAACAAGGGGCUGCAUUCUGCUCUGCUCCCGACUGUCACUGUGCUGUUUUCAACACAGACCUCCCACGUGCUCUAGGGAGCAAAAGUGUUCCCUGGGCCUCCCUGGUGCCACUGCAGUUUGAGGCAGGGAGGAAACGUGGCCUUUCAUGAAAGACAUCUGCAUUGGAACUGGUGAUGGUAGCGUUGGUGUAGCAUUGGGCAGAUACGCUCUUGCCUGGUUAUUUUUAGGAACAUAAGUUUUAUGCUUACAGAAAGCUGUAUUGACAAAACAGCAGCACUUAUCCCCUCUUGGGUGAAAACCAGCUCUUAAGUGGCAGUGGCGGGGAGUGUCUUAAUUUAAUGAUAAUUGAGUUGCUAAGAUCUCGAUUUCACUUCUGUAUUAGAAAAAAAAAAUACACUCCGGUUACAUCAGGCAGUUAAGUGGUGAGUGAUGCCUGUAGAGUCUUUCCCCAGUGUAGUUUACAGUCAUUUAGCACAUUCGGAAGAUGCAGUGAUCAGAAACAAUGCAAGACUGCAGCAGAUGCACAGCCUGAAUAAGCAUAAUCAGCCGAGAGCCGUGAGCGGGGAUAACCGAAACACACAGAGCACACAGGUUUUCCCCUACACCUAAGGAGGUGUUUCACAAAGGACAUCUCCUGGCCUUGUGCACAUAAAGCUCCUCCCCAGCGCCAGAGCCCAGUGCAGGUCAGCUCUGCAGCCAGUUUCACACCAUCACUACACAGUGCCGCCUUCCCCACUCAUCUCUGCAGCCCGUUACCUCAAAAAUCUAAUUAGUUAUUCCUGAUCCACUAGCAUUAACCACUCUGCUCCUCGUUCUCACAUCUGAAAUGCUGAGUUUAUACACUCCAAGUGCCAUCGGAAAGGAUGGCACGUAGGGAAGAGUAUAUAAAGAUUUGAAGAUCUGUCAUGUAUUGUUUCUCAAUAUUCCAUAAAAUCUGCUUUUAGGAAAGGGGCUGGGACGUUACCAGGUGAGGGGUGUAACAAUCCUGUCUGCAAAGGGCAGGAUCACCGAUGGUUUUUGGUUUGUUUUUUUGUUUUUUUUUUUUGUUGGCAGGAAAUAAUUUUAACAGUUUAAUAAAUACUUCUGAAAAACAAGUUUUUCUGCAGACUUGUGUCUUUUUUUCUGUUGUAGAAGGUUAAUACCAUCUCUUCACGGGGAUAUGGGUCUGUUUUCGUUCACCUGGAAAAGGCUCAUACAACAUUCUUCAUGGAAAUAAGCCUCAAACUGGGCAAGGUUUAGGUUAGGGUCAUUCAAAGGCUGACAAAAACCCAAAAGAACUUAAAAUACAUUAGCAAAUAUUUUGGGAUGGCUUAUGAUUAUAAAGAAUGCAGCAGAGCCUUUUCUAGAAAACACUGUAAACUUCUCAAUGAGAGACGUGUAUGCACGUGUGUAUUCUGUGUAUGCACAUCCUGGCUCGGAAAAAGGAGAUGCUUUGCCCUCCGUUCUCCCCAGGUCAGCUACAACCAGCAGUAAGCCCAGUGUUCAGAACAAGAUUUAAACCCUGUGCUGGCAGGACCUCACUGAGGUGAGAGGUGAAGAGGACAGAGUGGGAGCAGCUGCAGGCACGUUUAACCACACCACCAUCCUUCAGUGAUGGUCCAUGAAUGGAUCAGGAACGUCAGGCAUUUUCUGACCUGCUUCCUGCUCUGCAGUGCACAUUCCUCUAAUAAAAGGGAAUUACAUCAUCCCA